UCAGUUUCUGGGGGAGGAAAGGGGGUUGCAUAGGUGGGGUGUGGUGAGUUCCAUCAGCAUCUCUCCUCUUACAGAAGGAGAACCUACUCCCGACUCCAGUCAUUGCCUGUUAAGGUCAGUCAGGCUGCAUAGUCUGGAAGUUCACCUGGUGUCUGACUUCAGUCAUUCAUACUAUGUGUGGCUCAAGUCCAUUUCAUCCUGGAUUGCCUCUUUUCAAGUAGGCACAGAUUUUCUAAGGCCCCAGGACUCAGUCAACUGGAGAUCCCGUUGGGGAGAUCUGAGCAGACUUCGGAUUUCUUACUGGUAUGACAGGCGGGGGCUGGAAGUGACACAGCCCUGAGCUCCUUGAGGCCUGACCUCCCUGGUCCUGUGACUGGGAGGAUAGAGAGUGGCGGGACUGGACACUGCGGGCUGCGUUCUAAGGAUGGGUAGGAGUUGGCCUGGGAGGGAGGGAGGAGGGCAUUCAUGGAGGGGCUCUCAGCAGUGGUGAGGAGAGCAGUCUGGCCAGGUGCAGGAGGGGAGCCCAUUCACCCCAGCUGCAAGCUGUGCCCAGAGGCCCUGCCCAAGGCCAGGUUCAUGGCCGGCUCUGGAUCCCCUCCGCAGCAGGAGACCUUCUUCCUGGCCAGGACUGAGGGGGCCCAGCCCCACCCCAUGUGGUGCAGGCCAGGGCUGGGCUUGGUGCGGGUGUUUUGGAGUUAGGUGAUGAGCCCUACCUGAGCCCUAACCCUGGCAGUGGGCAAGGAGAGAAGGACGGGGCCAUCCAGCCAAUCUCAGCCCCACUGGAGGGCCCUCUGCGGGCUCCAGACCCAGACCUUGGCAGAGACGGAGGGAACAUGGGUCAGGGGAGGGAAAGGUGGUCAGAGAAGGGAGGCAGUGACAGUCAGAGGGUGGUAGUUGGGGUGGAGAGGCUGGGAUAGCCGAGUUCCCUGACAGCCAGGCUUCCGGGAACCUCUCCCUUCCCUGGGCCUGAGGGGAGCUCUCAGGCUGGGGCAAGGAGUGGGGUCCUGCAACUGGGGGCCUGGUGGGUUUGGCGCAUAUGGCCAUGUCUGUUGUGAUGGGGGCAGACUGGCACCACGGGCUUUGAGCUCUUUCAGGGAUGGCACCCAGAGGGAGAAGAAUGAGGAAUGGGGUGUAUGCCUGUGUGUGUGGUGGGUUGCGGGUAUUACACUCUAGGGUGCACCCCAGCCCCCACGGGCGGUCCCACCUGCUGCUUUGUCCUUGACUUGGUGGGCACGUGGUUUGAAUGUGUCAGCAUGCUGGUGAUCCUGCUGAACUGCGUGACACUUGGCAUGUACCAGCCGUGCGACGACAUGGACUGCCUGUCCGACCGCUGCAAGAUCCUGCAGGUCUUUGAUGACUUCAUCUUUAUCUUCUUUGCCAUGGAGAUGGUGCUCAAGAUGGUGGCCCUGGGGAUUUUUGGCAAGAAGUGCUACCUCGGGGACACAUGGAACCGCCUGGAUUUCUUCAUCGUCAUGGCAGGGAUGGUCGAGUACUCCCUGGACCUUCAGAACAUCAACCUGUCAGCCAUCCGCACCGUGCGCGUCCUGAGGCCCCUCAAAGCCAUCAACCGCGUGCCCAGUAUGCGGAUCCUGGUGAACCUGCUCCUGGACACACUGCCCAUGCUGGGGAAUGUCCUGCUGCUCUGCUUCUUUGUCUUCUUCAUCUUUGGCAUCAUAGGCGUGCAGCUCUGGGCGGGCCUGCUGCGUAACCGCUGCUUCCUGGAGGAGAACUUCACCAUACAAGGGGAUGUGGCCUUGCCCCCAUACUACCAGCCGGAGGAGGAUGAUGAGAUGCCCUUCAUCUGCUCCCUGUCGGGCGACAAUGGGAUAAUGGGCUGCCAUGAGAUCCCCCCGCUCAAGGAGCAGGGCCGUGAGUGCUGCCUGUCCAAGGACGACGUCUACGACUUUGGGGCGGGGCGCCAGGACCUCAAUGCCAGCGGCCUCUGUGUCAACUGGAACCGUUACUACAAUGUGUGCCGCACGGGCAGCGCCAACCCCCACAAGGGUGCCAUCAACUUUGACAACAUCGGUUAUGCUUGGAUUGUCAUCUUCCAGGUGAUCACUCUGGAAGGCUGGGUGGAGAUCAUGUACUACGUGAUGGAUGCUCACUCCUUCUACAACUUCAUCUACUUCAUCCUGCUUAUCAUAGUGGGCUCCUUCUUCAUGAUCAACCUGUGCCUCGUUGUCAUAGCGACCCAGUUCUCAGAGACCAAGCAACGGGAGCACCGGCUGAUGCUGGAGCAGCGGCAGCGCUACCUGUCCUCCAGCACGGUGGCCAGCUACGCCGAGCCUGGCGACUGCUAUGAGGAGAUCUUCCAGUAUGUCUGCCACAUCCUGCGCAAGGCCAAGCGCCGCGCCCUGGGCCUCUACCAGGCCCUGCAGAGCCGGCGCCAGGCCCUGGGCCCGGAGGCCCCGGCCCCCGCCAAACCUGGGCCCCACGCCAAGGAGCCCCGGCACUACCAGCUGUGCCCGCAACAUAGCCCCCUGGAUGCGACGCCCCACACCCUGGUGCAGCCCAUCCCCGCCACGCUGGCCUCCGAUCCCGCCAGCUGCCCUUGCUGCCAGCAUGAGGCCGGCCGGCGGCCCUCGGGCCUGGGCAGCACCGACUCGGGCCAGGAAGGCUCGGGCUCCGGGAGCUCCGCUGGUGGCGAGGACGAGGCGGAUGGGGACGGGGCCCGGAGCAGCGAGGACGGAGCCUCCUCAGAACUGGGGAAGGAGGAGGAGGAGGAGGAGCAGGCGGAUGGGGCGGUCUGGCUGUGCGGGGAUGUGUGGCGGGAGACGCGAGCCAAGCUGCGCGGCAUCGUGGACAGCAAGUACUUCAACCGGGGCAUCAUGAUGGCCAUCCUGGUCAACACUGUCAGCAUGGGCAUCGAGCACCAUGAGCAGGCCAGUGCAGCGCAGCCGGGCCGGGCCUGCGGGGGAGGUGUGAGGGCCCCAGGACCCUGCCCAGGCCUGGGCAGCCCCAUCCAUCUGCCUGGGUUUGUGUGUCUGUCCACCUAGAAGUGCCGGGCUGAGCUGGGUCCAGUUCAUCCAUGUGGCCUUACUGCCCAGCCAGGGCCGAGCUCAGAGGAAGGAAGGGCUUGGGUGUCUGCUGAAUGAAUGAUGAGUGAACGAGUGAAGCUGGCUAGGACUGGGCCUCUCCGGGGCUCUUUUCCUCCUAAGCUGCUUAGCCUGGAUACCAAGACAACCACAGCGCAUCCCCUGCCAGCCCCUGCAAAUCUGACUUCUAUUCACCUCUCCACCUGAGCCCUUCUGUUUUCUUCUUUAAAAAAAAAAAAAAAAUUUAAAAAACAGAUAGAGUCAGAGUUUUGCUCUGCUGCCCAGGCUGGAGUGCAGUGGCACGAUCAAGCGAUCCUCCCUCUUCAGCCUCCCAAGUAGCUGGGACUACAGGGAGGUGCCACCAAGCCUGGCCACCUGGGCCCUUCUGUCCAUUUGCCCCCAAACAGCUAGGGUGAUUCUUCCAGAGGGCCAGUCUUGUUGGGCUCUUCCCUGCCUCAAAACUUCUGUUGCUCCUCAUUGCCCUCAGGACAAAAUCCAGACCUUUGCAUGACCCUCAAGGCCCCUUGUCUCUGUCACAACGUCCCUUCACCAGGCCAGGGUGUCCUGUCCCAUCCAGUGACUCCACCCCAUACAGCCCCAUGGCGCUGAGGGCGAGUGGCCCUGUGGUUGUCCUAUGUGUCCUCUCUGCAUGUCCCUCCUGUGGGCUGGGAGCAGGGAGGACAGGAGGAGUGGGCGCUGAGCUGAACAGUGUGCUCCAGGCCCCUGGGCCAUCACAGGGCUGGUGGGCCCCAGGGGG